AUGAAAGAUCGGACAUCCUAUCGAGUGGCUUUUGGACGACGUCUCCGCGAAUUCGAUUCAAUUCGGAAAGAGAUCGCGCUGUCACGAUGCGAAGUCGAGCAGGCGCGACUACUUGUUCUGAAGGCGGCGCAGAUGAUCGACACGCGAGGAGCCAAGGUUCACCUCGAGACCAUAGCAAAGCACGAGUUCAAAAGUCGGCUCUGA